AUGCGUGUCGGUGCUAAGGCCGCUGUCUACGUGACCGCUGUUCUUGAGUACCUGACUGCCGAAGUUCUCGAACUGGCCGGUAAUGCCGCCAAGGAUCUCAAAGUCAAGCGUAUCACUCCUCGCCACCUCCAGCUCGCCAUCCGUGGUGAUGAAGAACUGGACACCCUCAUCCGCGCAACCAUCGCCUUCGGUGGUGUCCUUCCCCGCAUCAACCGUGCACUGCUCCUGAAGGUCGAGCAAAAGAAGAAGGGUGGCAAGAUCGAGCUCUAA